UCUGUAGUCAACUAGGAAGGAUGUGUGUGAUAGUGGUGGUGGUGUAGAUCUGUUUCGUGAAGACUUUUUGACCUCGAAUAUGCAGACGAUAUUGUCUUACUAUGCAGUUGCAUGCAGACUACCCACAUUGCACUUAGUCAGUUGGAAAUCAGUGUCCAUAAGUCCAGUAUGUGCCUUGCGCCGUCUAAGUACAAAGUACUGUUACAAGGUUGUUGGGAGUCUGUACCUGCACUCACUCUUGCAGGUGAACCGCCUGAGUUUGUUGAUAAGUUUGUGUAUGUAGGUAGUUGUGUGAGUGCUGGCAGAGGUGUGACGGAUGAGAUUUCCAACUGUAUCAUGAAUGCUAGGGUAGUAAACGCCAACUUGAGCCACCUCUGGCGCCAUCACGAUGUUAAGCUGGCUGCCAAAGGUCGGGUUUAUAACGUUUCGGUUGACUCAGUCUUUCUGUACGCUUGUGAAAAGCGGCCUCUACGAGCUGAGGGUGUUGGGCGACUCUGCAUAUUCGAUCGUCUUUGUUUCCGUAGGAUUGUUGGCCUUCGAAGGCAUCAUAGUGUGAGUAAUCCUGAGAUCUGGUAGUAUGUGUUUGGACACAGUGGUGAUCACCAUCCAUUGAGUGCGGUCAUCAGCGGACACCAGCUCCGGUGACUUGCACAUGUGCUACUAAUAUCACUCCAGAGG